AUGUGUCGCGCCAAGGGAGGAACCCGCAGCUAUUACCACGUAUUCAACCACUUCAAAGAGAAUGGGUAUAUUACGGCUCAAACAGCAUCUAGAGCCCUUUCUAGAGGCAACGGGCCUAGCCUUGUCUACCAUGUUUACCAUCGCCUGCUAUCGUGGUCUCAUCCCGAUCUUUGCUACCCCGAUAUACAACCAACUUGCGAUGAAGUGAGCCAUGGGGUUAUGCUAUUCCUCCUUCACCUGACGUCUUUAGGCGUGACGAUGUAUAAAAAAGUAUGCUUCGACGGUGCUUUGCCUCCAUUGAAGCAGUCGACACGCCUUGCUCGCUUGGAGAAGACCAGGAAAAGACUUGAGGCUUUUCGGAUAAGCCACUCGGGUUGUCUAAGUACAUCUCUUGUCCCGGAAAGGAUGACAGUCAACCGGUGGGAAAAUGUCCUGCAAAGCAGGACCCUGCCUACCAAUCUUACCCUGGUACCAGAAAACCAUUUUAUCGUCCCUGCGGUUUAUGAAGACCUCCGACAACGUUGGUCCAAGGAGAAUAUUCUUAAGGCCCUCCCGGUUGAUUCAUCCUUGCGUAUGGCUGCAAACCGUCUCGCAAGUUUGCCCUGGGCGGAUGUAACCAUCAUGGUCCCAGGCGAGGCGGACGCCUACUGUGCCCAUUUUGCUAAGGAAAAUGCUUGUUCGAUACUUACAAAUGAUUCUGACCUGCUCUUGUACGAUAUAGGCUCAUCAGGAUCCGUUAUCCUUGUCAGUUCCAUGAGUUUGCCGCACACAUAUCCAGACAACUCAAUUACAGCCCAGGGCAUUUGUCCGAAUACAGUCGCGCGCCGUCUGGGAUUGGAUUCACUGCUACCAUUGGCAUUUGUGCUACAAUCAAAUCCGGGGAUUGGGAUGGGAGAGCUUAUUCGGCGAUCAAAGAUUGUUGACAGGGCACCUGAUCCUGCCCCAGGCUAUUCUCAGUUUUCGAAGGAGUACCAGACCUCUCCGAGCAUCCUUGUUGAUAAUAUAGGAAAGCGAUAUCCCCAGUCACUCGAUACCAGGGUCUCAGAAAUGGUCGCUCAGUAUCUUUUCCCAGAGACCUAUUCACACGACGCUUCGCCUAAUAAAAGGCAUAACUACAUUAUUGAGCACAUCAGGCGAGGUGGAAGAGUUACAUGCGACACGAUAGCCUUGGAGAACCAAUCUUCGCUAUCAGCAGAAAUGCAAUCCUUGCUCGACCAGCUUGAUGUCGUCCAGGCGAAGACUGGUAUUGAGGUUGACUGCCCGGUCUUUUGGAGGACAUUUGCCCUCUAUACCAUAUUUGGACUGCAGACAACUCCUAAAACUCCAGACCUCGAUCAGCUAAAGCGGCUUUUGGCCCAUGGGUCUAUGAGCAAUAAUUUGGAUUGGGACGAUGUUCACGUGCUAGCCCAGAUUCAAUCCGUUCUGUAUUCGUUGAGGAUCCUUAAGCAAUUGCUUGGGAUAUCAGAGUUCUCUGACAGACAGGCGACUCAAGUAUCUGCCGUUUUGGCCCAUUUACCACCGCUACAUGUUUUGGUGAGAUCAGUACAUGAGAUGAAGAAAGAGUCAGCGAUCCUCCCAGCUAAGGAUGCCAUUAAUCAAGCCAUACUGUUAUGGAGUGAAAGCAGCGACGACCAUGGAAGGAGAAAAAGACCGCGCGUGUCCGCUGGUGGUACACAAACCCUGAAAUCCGGGGAUUCAAGGUCAACCUACCACAAACCGACGGCAACAAGUCGCACGUGGCCGGUACGGCCUCAGAAUAUCUUCGAGCUUCUCCGACACCAAUGA